GCGUACACACACACACUGGUGACCAGACAAGAUGAACCCGCUGCCGCUGGCAUGGACGCUGUUGACUGUUUCUCUGUGGACAGCAGGUGUGAGCCAGAUCCUCCUGCAAGAACCCAUCAAAGUUCUGUAUCCUAAGAUCUCCACUCCGGAGAAUAUUGAUUGCAACUGCAACAACUCCUGUGACUCUGUCUACUGGUUCCGCAAUACUCCCAAUCCCAACAUCCUGCAGUUCCUAGGCAAAUGCAACAAUGCUGAGCGUGUUAACUACGGGCCUGGCGUAGAAAAGGCUCGGUUUAAACUCAGCAAGAGAGGGAACACGGCCUUUGUGCUGCGCAUCGAGAACGUGACAGAGGAGGACACAGGGACUUAUUCCUGUGUCCUUAAGGCCAAGAGCGGUACAGAAGUAUGGAAGCCUGGGACUGUCCUUUGGCCGGGAGUGACCCCUCCAACCUCUCCUCCAAAGACGACACUCAAGCCUCCAGUCAAGCCCGUCUGUGCCUGUCACCCGAAGAAGAAUUUUGCACAGGAUGGCUGUGACUACAUGGUUCUGUGGCCCUUGGUUGGAGUCACCGCGGGCCUGGCUCUGGCUCUCAUCUACACACUGCACUACUUCAGUC